GAAAACUUGACACAUUGGCUGUUGAUUGAAUAGGGAAGGAUCCCUCGCCAAUUAAACCUCAAAAACACUGACAGAAAGGAGAAGAGAAGCUGAGCAAAUGAGCUUAUCUCGGUUUUAUAUACCUUGUUUUAACAGACCUCUUAGAUGAAGGCAGAUGCUUUUACAGCCCACUCGGACUAAAACAACAUCUAGAUAUAUUUAAAAGUAAACAAUCUUUUUAUAUAUAUACACAAUGGCACAAAGAGGCACUUCAUUUUCUAUCCAACACAUUCUUACCAGAGAUAGUGAGACUCGGGAGAGAAAUCAAAUCGCCAAUGAACUGGCAGAACUCUGCAGAUUGUCCGAUCCGGGGUUGCAAAGGGAGACUGGAGUAGUCUAUAAGGAUAACCCAGAAGCUUGCCUCGCAGAUUACAAGGAACUCGUAAAAGGGGAGACUCCGAACCUCAGGAAACGUUCUGAGCCAUUGUCUAGCCCAAGUAAGGCUGAGGAAUCACAGAUUGAUGGCCAGUCUUGCAGCGAGGACUCGGGAGAAGACCCAGUUUAUUCUGGUUGCAAUCAUUUCAAAGAGUGUGAGAGCCAGUCGACUGCGGAGGAAGGGGGCAAGAUGGAGAGAUCCGACACCGCCGAUCAAUCCAAAACCGUGAAGAAGCGUUCCCGGGCCGCCUUCUCUCAUGCGCAGGUCUACGAGCUGGAAAGGCGGUUUAACCUGCAGAGGUAUCUGUCUGGCCCAGAGAGAGCGGAUUUGGCGGCGGCUCUCAAACUCACAGAAACGCAGGUGAAGAUCUGGUUCCAGAACCGGAGGUACAAAACUAAGAGACGACAAAUAGCGCACGAAUUGGCUGCUAACUGCACUCAGACCAUGGCGAAGAAAGUGUCAGUGAAGGUGCUGGUGAGGGACGAUCAGAGACAGUACAGGACCGAAGAGCUGCUCAGCCCACCUGCCAUCCCCCUUUACCAGGCCUAUCAAUACUACCCGUACAUGUACUGCUUCCAGCCGUGGCCCUCAAAUAUGUCCUUGUGUGGGGGAACCCCUUAACACAAACGGAAACUAGGACAACAUGUCCCUCGUUAGCUAUUCAUGAAAAAAUGGGUGACCACAUUCUAACUGGCAGUAUCAUUUUCCAAAAGAACAAUAAUGGAAAUAGUUUUACACUUUCAAAGAUUCCAAAAAUGCACAUUAAGAAAAGUGAUGAUUCGCCCUUCCCCAGAGGAAGAAUUGAUGGAUAAUAUUGUUUAUUUACAGUUAACAAUUAGUGUGCAGUUGACUAUGCCAAAAUGGGCAUUUGGCAUUUCUAUAUGAUACCAAAGACAGUGCAUUUUAAUGUUUAAUGAAACUAACAGCGCAGAUCCGCUGGGUUUGUCACCCAAAAUAACUUGUUCUUGGACUGCAAUCACAUUUAAAAUAGCCUAACAUCCUGAUGAUAUAACUUAAGGUUUUUUUUUUUUUUUUUUUUAAAAGCUAAGUAAUCAACCUGAGAGGUACGAUCCUUCCAUAAAUCAUUUUGCUGGAGUAUAUGGAUAUCAAAAUCCAGGCCAGGUGAUUUUUUAAAAAAAAUGUUAAAUUACCUUUCUUUUUUUAAUACUAUCAAAGUUUUUUUUUCUAAGAUUAUUUUUUUUAAAUACUAUCAAAGUUCUUUUUCUAAGAUUAUUGUUUCACCACAUCGAACUCUUUCCACAGAAAAUUGGUUUGUCAUUUCUGGAAUCAUUCGGGAUCAGAAGCACACAUUACAUUUUUUCUGUCAGUAAGACGCAAUCUGAAUCUAUUGUUCGUUCUUUUUAAAACCAACCGCCCAAAGGAUAUGUUGCCAUUCUUUUUUUUUUUGUAAGUAUGAACAUGGAAAUAUCUAAAUAUGUUAUAAUGAUUUAAACAAAAAAUAGUAUACCAUUAUCUUGCAAGUAUACCCAAUUUGCUUGAUAUCAUUAAUGUAAAUAAUACAUAUAUUAAUGUGAUUUUUUUUGUUUUGUUGUUGUUAAACCCACAGUAGGCGGUAUAAAAUAUAGAAAUGUUAACUUUGAUUAAAGAGCAAAUUAUUAAUA